UCUUAUAUACGCUUCCUUCGUGCCUGUUACCAAGAUACAUAACCUACAAAUUGCGUACUAUUUAAUUAAUUCCAUGAACGUACCGUACGAAACAUUAAAUAAGAAAUACAAGUGUUCAUUAUUAAUUAAUGUAGAUAUACGAUAUUUUCAUUUAUAAAUUAUUAGCAUCAUACCACAUUUUUUAUUUAGUUUCAUACAACAAUUCUCUACGUAAAAUGCAUCAAAAUUUGACUACAUCGGAGUAGUUCAUACACGUGCAAGUAGUGCAUCACACGUUUAGGUUAACCGCGAUAUUUAUAAGUUCAUCAAAUUACUAAAUAAUUUUUGUUUGUACAAUUUCAUUUAUAUAGUAAUAAACCGUAAGUUCGUUAAAUUGUAAGAUAUAAAAAAUAAAAUAAUAUAAAAAUGGUGGUAUUUACCUGUAAUCAUUGUGGAGAAUCGUUACCGAAAGCAAGAGUUGCAAAACAUUAUGAAUUUAAAUGUCGCAAUACACCUUUUCUAAGUUGUGUUGACUGCUUCAAAGAUUUCCGGGGACAAGAAUAUGCAUCACAUACAAAAUGCGUAUCUGAAGCUCAACGAUACGGAGGAAAGGAUUAUGUUCCUAAACCUGGAUUCAAUAAAGGAGAACGAAAGCAACAAGAAUGGAUUGAAGCACUUGGUGGCAUAUUAACCGACACAAGAAAUUUAUCAGAUGAAGAGCAAACUUUGUUGAAAACUUUGUCAAAGUAUGAGAAUAUUCCAAGAAAAAAAUCCAAAUUUAUUAAUUUCAUUAAAAAUGCAGUAAACUACAGAGUAAGUUCAAAUGUUAUUGAUAAUAUCUGGGACAAAUUCGACACUGUUCAUAAAAACAAUAUACAAUCUACACCACAGAAUCACGAAGAAAACGGUAAAAUAAAUGACGAAGUGGAUGAGAAAAAUCAUGUAAGUGAGCAUCAGGAAAAUAACAUUAUUGAUAAUCAAAAUAAUGAAAAUAUUUCUAAAGAAAAUCAAAAUAAAGAAGAACAAAACAGGAACAAUGAUAACGUUACUAAUGUUGAUAAAAAGAAGAAAUCGAAGAAAAGAAAAGCUAAUGAAGCAGUAGAAGAACAAACUGUAGAACCUGCAUCAAAUAAGAAAGGUAAAACCACACCUGCAAAUGACCAAAUAGAAGUUUCAGUCCCAAAAAAGAAACGUAAAAGUAUUGCACUUUCUGAAUCAUCUAACAAUCAGAAUAAUGAAGUACAAACUAUUGAGAAAUCAACCUUUGAUUGGAAAGGUACUAUCUUAGAUAUAGUACAAAGCAAAGGGGAAAUUUCCCUAAAGAAACUACAAAAAAAAGUAAUUUCUCAAUAUAUGAACUUUUGUUCAAAUGAUGUAAUAAAUGGGAAAGCAUCAAUUAGGUUUAAUAAGAAAUUGAAAAAGGUGUCAGGAGUAUUAAUUUCUGAUGGAAAAGUGAAACUAGCAUAAUUUAGAUGACUCCAAUAAAUUGAGUAUUACUAUUUUGUUUGUUUUUUGUUUAUAGACAAUGUAAUACAAUUGAGUGAUUACUAUUAUUUAUGAGCAUUGACAAUUACCUUUUAUUAUACACAAAUUUAGACGCGUAUUAAAGAAAAGAAAUAUCCCCUCAACAAAAGAAAUAUUUUCUUUGCCUUUUCAACAACACACGUUGACAAGUUCAGAACGGCAAGUUCGAACUGAGCCUAAAGAUGCGAAUAACUAAAAUUUUGAAAGCGUUCUCCAUUAAUACCGACAACGCUUAGUUUGAUGUCUUUAGUGCCAGUAUUUUGUCUUAACACACUUGACAACUUUAUAACUUCCCGCUUGACAUUUUCAUGGCUGGAUUAUAUGUAAAGAUAAUGUAUGAAUGAUAAUUUAUUACUAUCAUGGAGAGUUCAAAAUUUAUAUCUAUCGUUGAUUGUCCAUGAAGUAUAAAAUUAUUAUAAAAUUUAUUCAGUAAUAAACACUUUUAAAUAAACA